AUGAAUAAGAGAGAAAAGCAAAAAGCGAUUCUCGAUGUUUUUAGGAUGAAUAAAGUGGGGUUAGGAGCUUUGUUUGAAACAAAGGUGAAACAGGACAAAGUGAAGGAGAUGGUAGAAAAUAACUUUCCAAAUUGGGAGUUUUAUUCUAGCCACCUCAUCUCGGGUAGAAUUUUAAUUCUUUGGCAGUCCAAAUUCGUUCAAGUAGAAAUAUUACAUGAAGAUGCUCAACUUAUCCAUUGUAAAAUCAAAGUUUGUGGUCAUAAGGAUAUCUUUCUUGUCACGGCGGUUUAUGGCAGUAACUCAAAAGAGGAAAGGAAGGCUCUAUGGACUAAGUUAAGUAGUAUUGGUCACCCGAAUUUGCCUUGGGUAAUUCUAGGAGACUUUAAUGCUAUGUUCUCUUAUGAAGAUAGAAAUGGGGGUAGACAAAUCCAAGCCAAGGACAUUGAAGAUGCUCAAGAUUGGCUAGCCAGCGACAUGCCGAAUCUACACAGAUUGCCUCUACCAUGGAGAAAGACAGAAUUUGAACCAGCAAGUGAACCUGAUCAGACCCUUUACAUUCAUUCUUCUAAGAGUCCUGGUUUGGAUGGAUUUGGUUCGGGUUUCUUCAUUAAUCUCUGGAAGGAUAUUGGUGAUGAUAUAUCCAAAGAUGUUUUGGGUUUCUUUACUGAUGGAAGAUUACCGAAAAGUUUGAAUGAAACGGUGAUUUCUCUUAUCCCAAAGGUUGUUAAUCCUUUAGCUGCUAGUGAUUACAGACCCAUUGCUUGUUGCAACACAAUUUACAAAUGUAUCUCUAAGAUGAUCUGCUCGAGACUUGCGGAUGUGCUUCCUAUUCUAGUGCAAAGCAAUCAAGGGGCCUUUGUGAAGAACAGGCUUCUUGCUCACAACAUAAUGGUUUUCCAAGAUCUCUUGAAGGGUUACUUGAGGAAGAAUAUUUCAGCAAGGUGCAUUAUGAAGAUUGACUUAAGCAAGGCUUAUGACACGGUUGACUGGCAAUUUGUUGAAGAUCUCCUGAACAAUCUUUGUUUUCCAUCUAGAUUCAUUAAUUGGAUUAUGACUUGUUUAAAGGGAACUAGUUAUAAUCUGCUUAUGAAUGGAAGAAUCCAGGGUAAGUUCAAAGGUGAAAAAGGGCUUCGUCAAGGAGAUCCUAUGUCCCCUCUCAUCUUUGUCCUUAUCAUGGAGUACUUGACAAGAUUAUUAGCUCACUUCUCCGGGAGGAAAGGGUUUGGCUUUCACCCUUUAUGCAAACAUUUAAAGCUUACUAGUCUUUGUUUCGCAGAUGAUCUCAUUAUCUUUUGCAAGGGGAAUCUUAAUUCGGUCAGAUGUGUUAAUGAGGCUUUUAUGAGAUUUUGCCAGGCGACGGGUCUCUCAGCUAACAAGACCAAAUCCCACAUUUAUUUUGGUGGGGUUCGGGAUGACAUCAAAGCGCAGAUCUUGGACCUUGUAAGAAUGGAAGAGGGCUCCUUCCCUCUCAAGUACCUUGGGGUUAAGCUCCGUCCCACCAAGUGGAAGACUGAAGACUGUGGAGUGAUUCUAGACAAGAUAAACAAGAAGCUAAACUGUUGGGCGAGUAGAAAUCUUUCGUUUGCGGGGCGUGCUCAAUUGAUUCACUCGGUUCUCCUAGGCAUCAGAAAUUAUUGGAUGAGUAUCUUCACCCUUCCAAGUAAAGUCAUAGCUGCCAUUGAUAAAAGUUGCAGAGAUUUUUUAUGGGGUACCACUGGGAACCGAUCGAAGUUGCAUUUUGCUUCUUGGGAGAAGGUGUGUCUCCCUAAAGAGUACGGAGGAGUGGGAUUCCGCGAGGGUAAAAAGUGGAAUAAAGCUUUGAUGGCGAAGUUCCUUUGGGCCAUUGCUAGAAAACAAGACAGUCUUUGGGUGAAAUGGGUAAAUUCUAUAUACUUAAAGGGCCAAAAUGUUUGGAGCUAUUCUAUCAAGCAGGAUGUGAGCUGGUAUUUCAAAAAGCUUAUGAAGAUACGAUCUAGUACUAAUGAGAUUUCCAUUUUGCGUGCCGAAAAAGGAGGUAAGUUCCAUGCUAAACUUUUCUAUAAUUUACAAGUGGAAGCUCAGAAAGUGAAGUAUAGUAGAGCUAUUUGGAACAAGCUUAUUAUUCCAAAACAUAGAUUCAUCUUAUGGCAGGCUUGUAAUGUUCAACUCCUCACACGAGAUCACUUGAGCAAAUUUCUAUUCAUUCCCUCUAUUCUCUGUCCAGUUUGUGAGAAUGACAUAGAAACACAUACACACCUCUUCUUUGAUUGUGUGUUUGCUAGGAAAACUUUUGUUGAGAUUGGUAAAUGGUUGGGAGUUGUAGACUGGCCAAAGGAAGCUGAGCAAAUCCAGCAGUGGUGCACUAGGGGGCCCCUUGAUUUCAAGAACCGAGUGAUCAACUCAGUGUUUGCAGCUUCGCUUUACCUGCUAUGGAAAAAUAGAAAUAGUUGCAUAUUUGAUUUGGUUUGUUCCUCUCCUCUUAAAUUGAGCAUGGAGAUAAGGAAGCUCUCUCAUUAUAGAAUCUUGAGUUUAACUUGUAAUACCUCUAAAAAGCAAGAUAAGUAUAUAAUUGAUGUAAUUAGGGGCUGGUAG